CUCCGCGCUCCCAGAAUGCACCGCUAGUCCGCGGGAAACCAAAAUGGCGAAGGGCUGUAGCGAAGUAUUCUGUGUUUGAGGCCGGUGUGAUAACGCACAUUCUCCUCCCCAACCCUCGUCCCCAAGGAAUUCGGUGUGUGUGUGCGUGUGCGCAGGGCUCCCGCUGGGGCGGGUGCCCAGGGAGUGCCCGGACUCGCGGGGGAGCGCCCACGGGAACCUGAUUGCUUCUAUUUUCCUGUAUGAAGCGGUUGGCACCACUUAAGUGACCGAAUGAGACUGGCUUGAAAAGACAGAAUCUGUCUGCUUCUGCACACUGAAUGCUGAUGGAGAUCACUACCAUGCUCUGCUGUUAUUACUUAUCUUGAGUUAACAUCAGCAACUAUCAUUGGAAAGGUUUAACUGAGGAGGAAAGACCCACCCUGACUAUGUGAGGCCACCAUACCCAUGGGCUGGGGUCCUGGAUUGAAUCAAGUGGAGGAAGCAAGCUGAGCAUGAACAUUGAUCUUCCUGACUGCAGAUAUCAGUGCGAUAGCUGUCUCCUGCUUCUACUAUGCCUCCCCCUUCCAUGAUGGACUGUACUCUGAAACUCUGCCGAGUGGUUCAUCAUGGACUAGAGUAGUGGCAAGGGUACUGGAAACGUGAUUGUGGUGGAGGUGUCAUGGCUGAUUGCUGUUACCAGAGAAGAGGAGGGAAAUUGGAGCGGCACAAUAGAGGGAUGAAAGUUCCUACUAGGGAGGAUGGACAUAAAGCCAAAAAACCAGCAUGUAAAUUUGAAGAGGGUCAAGAUGUCUUAGCUAGAUGGUCAGAUGGCUUGUUUUAUCUUGGAACUAUCAAAAAGAUAAACAUAUUGAAACAGAGCUGCUUCAUCAUAUUUGAGGACAGUUCUAAAUCCUGGGUUCUCUGGAAGGACAUCCAAACAGGAGCCACUGGGAGUGGGGAAAUGGUCUGUACAAUAUGUCAAGAAGAGUAUUCAGAAGCUCCCAAUGAAAUGGUUAUAUGUGAUAAGUGUGGUCAAGGAUAUCAUCAGCUGUGUCAUACACCUCAUAUCGACUCGAGUGUGAUUGAUUCAGAUGAAAAGUGGCUUUGUCGACAGUGCGUUUUUGCAACAACAACAAAGAGGGGUGGUGCGCUUAAGAAAGGACCAAAUGCCAAAGCAUUGCAAGUCAUGAAGCAGACAUUACCCUAUAGUGUGGCUGACCUUGAAUGGGAUGCAGGUCAUAAAACCAAUGUCCAGCAGUGCUACUGCUAUUGUGGAGGCCCUGGAGACUGGUAUUUAAAGAUGCUGCAGUGCUGCAAAUGUAAGCAGUGGUUUCAUGAGGCUUGUGUCCAAUGCCUUCAGAAGCCAAUGCUGUUUGGAGAUAGGUUUUAUACAUUUAUUUGCUCUGUCUGCAGUUCUGGACCAGAAUACCUCAAACGUCUACCAUUACAGUGGGUAGAUAUAGCACACCUAUGCCUUUACAACCUAAGUGUUAUUCACAAGAAGAAAUACUUUGAUUCUGAACUUGAGCUUAUGACAUACAUUAAUGAAAACUGGGAUAGAUUACACCCUGGAGAGCUGGCAGACACACCUAAAUCUGAAAGAUAUGAGCAUGUUCUGGAGGCAUUAAAUGAUUACAAGACCAUGUUUAUGUCUGGGAAAGAAAUAAAGAAGAAGAAGCAUUUGUUUGGGUUGCGAAUUCGUGUUCCUCCUGUGCCACCAAAUGUGGCUUUCAAAGCAGAGAAAGAGCCUGAAGGAACAUCCCAUGAAUUUAAAAUUAAAGGCAGAAAGGCAUCCAAACCUAUAUCUGACUCAAGGGAAGUAAGCAAUGGGAUAGAAAAAAAAGGAAAGAAAAAAUCUGUAGGUCGUCCUCCUGGCCCAUAUACAAGAAAAAUGAUUCAAAAAACUGCUGAGCUACCUUUGGAUAAAGAAUCAGUUUCAGAGAAUCCCACGUUGGAUUUGCCUUGUUCUAUAGGGAGAACUGAGGGAAUUGCACAUUCAUCCAAUACCUCAGAUGUGGACCUCACGGGUGCUUCCAGUGCAAAAGAAACUACCUCGUCUAGCAUUUCCAGGCAUUAUGGAUUAUCUGACUCUAGAAAAAGAACUCGCACAGGAAGAUCAUGGCCUGCUGCAAUACCACAUUUGCGGAGAAGAAGAGGUCGCCUUCCACGAAGAGCACUCCAGACUCAGAACUCAGAAGUUGUAAAAGAUGAUGAAGGCAAAGAAGAUUAUCAGUUUGAAGAACUUAACACAGAAAUCCUGAAUAACUUAGCAGAUCAGGAGUUACAGCUUAAUCACCUGAAAAACUCUAUCACUAGUUAUUUUGGUGCCGCAGGUAGAAUAGCAUGUGGCGAAAAAUACAGAGUUUUGGCUCGUCGGGUGACACUUGAUGGGAAGGUGCAGUAUCUUGUGGAGUGGGAAGGAGCGACUGCAUCCUGACUGUAGGACUGAACGUUGUGUUCACUGCACUCGUUUUCUGUUGGUACAGUUUAAAAAAAAAAAAAAAAGAAACGAGUGUGGGUUUUAUUAUCUUUCUUAGAAAAACAAACAAAUAGAAAACAAAAAUAUUCACAAAAGGAUACUGGCCUUAAAACAUGUUCCUGUCAAUGUUAUGGAUGUUGUCAUGAAAAAGAUAUCUUUUAAAAAUCAGAGGAGAGACUUAAUUUUUUAAAUCUUAAGAUUUGUAGACUGUUUCUAGGAUAGGCUAUUAAACAUGAUUCAAACCCAUGCAUGGUGUUAGAUACUUUUUAUAAUUAUUCCAUUGAGUCAAUUUUUGUGAUUAGUGGUUAUCAGAGCAAACAAAUCAUGUAGAUAGCACAAGUAUUUGGAGAAACAUUGUGUGUUUUGUUAACAAAAUGUUGGAAAGAUUUAUUUCAAUACCCUUUAGAUUUCAUAAAGUGCAGUGUAUAUAAUGUCUACUGAAAGACUGUAAAAUAUUGAAAUUUCAAGCAAAAUGUAAAAAAAUAUAUUGAGCCUGUAAAUUGCUCUGUGACUAGACUUCAUUGUCGUCUUAAUAUAUUCUUUGCAUGUACAUGUAUAUACACACAAGUGUAUAUAUAUGUGUGUGAUUAUGUGACCUAUGCAAUACAAAUUAUGGGAAUGGGCAGCUUUGGAGUAUAUAUCCCAUAAUUCUUAUUUCAGGAAUAGUUGCAGUAUUUACACAGCAGCAUUUCUUCUCAGGCGUUUAUUGGGUGCUGUUGCUUGCUAUGUAUGAAGAGAAAUGUGUCAAACAGGUUUAGUGUGUACUGAAGAAGGGUGUGAACAACAGUGUACAUGGGCUUUUAGAGUGCUUUUCAGUCCUUGUAACUUAGCUGUUGAAUACCUAAAACAAAUUCGAGUGAUAACUACAUUAUCUCCCAUUAGAAGUGACGUUUCAAGUUAUUGUGGCACAUUAUGAUUGUAAAUGUCUAGGUUUUAACAGUAAGUCUGUAGGAGCCCAGUAAGACUCCUGAAAUGUCUGUAGUAAUUGUUAGUCAUGUUUGAGUAAGCGUAGUAUGAACAAAGUCUUUUAUUGCACAGGGUUAACAAACAGUAUGUUGCUGGCUGAGGCUAACUGCUGUUUUAUUACAACAUUACCUCUUGUUUUUAUAAAAUGUACCAAGAUUUUAAAUUGAUAUCUUUAUUUUACGUGUUAAAAAAAAGUUUCUUUUAUCACCAGUGUUAGAGUUGUCUUCUGUUUUUUUGUUUUUGUUUUUUUGUUGUUGUUGUUUUCUUUAUUAGCCAAAGAGUAAACAGAAGAAUAUUAUUUUGGUAGCUGUUCAUUUUACUUUUAUAAUGAUUGGUGGAUUUUAUACUAAAAAUUGGGGAAAUUUCUGCCAAAAUGAAAAAUCUGUGACGUGUAUUGAUGACAGAAUGCUAAAAUUGUGGUUAGUGCUUAUUUAUUCCAUUAAUUGAUUAUUUGCCUGUUUUUAAACAUGCUUUAUUUCUUUAAGCAUCUUCAAAAGAUGACUUUUCUUGUCACAUUUUAGCCAAAAGAAGCAGGGAACUUCUUGUCCUGCUUUUGGUUCCUGGUUAACCAGGUAUAAUGAGCUUUACAAAGUGCAAAUUAUAAACUGUCACUUCUGUUCACUUCCACCAAAACUUGAUUUCCCCUAGCUAUUAAUUUAAAGUUGCCUUUCCUGCAGCUGCAAUAUUUUGAAUAACACAGAGAUUGUGUUAAUUUUCGAAUGUUUGUUUAUAUCUAGGGGUAAUGGAAAAUGUAAUUCCCGUGUAACCUUAUUCACUCCAGCUGUAUCAUAUUUCAUUUUCCCAAAGUUCUUUAAUUUUAACUGAACACCAGCAGUAUUUUUAAUAAUUCUUUAAGAUACUUGGAAGACAAUUUAUCAAGCUGAACUGUCUCUAGACUUAAUUAUUGUGAAUGUCUGUUUUCUUUUAUCAUGGUGGUUCACAUGGCUCUGAUGUUCAGUUUGUAUUUUUGAAAUUGCUUUACUUAGAAUUAAAACAGACCAACAUUAAAUGUGUGUAUUUUUAAAA